UCAAGUCCUUACAAGAUUUUGAAGAUUUUUUGAAAAUUAAUCGUGCGGGUGAUGAUUCGCAGAGAAUACAGUCCAAUGUCUUGCAACCUAUGUCGAAAACUACUGGGUUAGAUAUACUGAAUCAGUCUGUAUCAUUGCUUUGUCUAUUUGAAUUGAAAGCAGAGUUCUGGUUUAACCUCUAUUUUCGUUUGUCUUCUCCUAACUUUAGUAUUAGGGAUUCCGAAAUUGUCGGUGACAUACUCAAAAAGACUAUCUACACUGCUUUACACGCGAACAAUACGAAUGCUUUGAAAGACAUAAUAGCGGUAAAAUUAGAGUUGUCUUAUUGAUACAAUUACAUUUUUCAUCAGUACUCACUCGAAAAUAUAGGCUCUUCGUCAAAUUGCACCUACCAAAAAAGUGAUACACCUAAAAUUAAGAAAGGCCGUAGGAGAUAUAAAGAGGAUGGCCAAAGCGAAUAACAAUGAUGAGCUUGGAAUUGCAGUAAAGAGUCUUAUACAUGAUUGGAAAAUGAUGCAUAACAGAAGUAAUGAAGACGACCAAUGUGAGUAUGAAAAACCUGAUAUUUGUUAUUUCAUCGUCAUCAUACUCAACUUUGCUUCUUUUAAUUCAGCACCGUCACCCACAGAAGCCACACCAACUAUUCUUAAAGAACCAUCUACUACAGCUUCUCAUACAAACGCAUUAGUUAUUUCAAAGGAACCGCCUUCGACAGCAGAAACGAGUAAAAUCACUUUAGCGAUAUCCAAGGAACCUCCUCCUUUACAACAGUCAGGGUUUACCUCAACUGCUACGAAAAAGCCUCGUGCUAUCGUUGAUUAUAAUUUUCUUUCAUCUAUGGCAGGAAAUAAAGCUGCAGGCUCAAGCACAGUUAAAUUCAAUAACAGUAACGGUAAUUCAACAACAACUGUGCGUCCAGAUACACGCUCUUUUGAUAUCGGUAAUUUGGUAGAAAGUCUUUCUGGGAAGAAUAAAGGGAAAAAUAUCGUCAAUACCACAUCUCUUCAAUCUAAAAGAAACAGCGAUUAUUUGAGCGAUCCAAAUCUUUAUCAAGAUACACAACCCAAAAAAAUCAGAAAAUUGACCAAAAGGGUCCAAUUUAAGUCAAACUUGACUGACGUUAGGUACUUUACACGUGAUAUGGAUGAAUGGAAUGCUCUUGUAAGUCUUCCCCUGGUUCAAAUUUUUGUUUGCGCUAGUGUAUGCGCGAUGCCAGAUUUCCUUAGAUUUUGAGUUUUUUACACGUUUAUUAUGUUUGAUUUCUUCUGUCUAGUUCAAUCAUUUGGAUUCUAUCGAACAAGAUAUAGAUAUUGUGCCUAGAAAUAGUACGUGGCGAUGUCCUUGC